ACGUUACUGACGUAAUUACGCGACAUUUUAAAGGACGCCACGGCUCAGUUCUUCAUCCGAAAAAGUCGACUACGUUGUACGCUUACGACAAUGGACCAGCUCUGCAAACUUUUCGUCGGCGGCUUGAACGUUCAGACCACCAACGAAGGACUACGUGCUCAUUUUGAACAGUACGGUCAGCUAACCGACUGCGUCGUGGUUCAAAAUGACCAGCUUCAGCGGUCCCGCUGCUUCGGCUUUGUCACAUAUUCGAGCGUCGAGGAGGCAGAUGCAGCAAUGGCCGCUAGGCCACAUGUUGUGGAUGGAAAAAACGUGGAGCUGAAAAGAGCGGUGGCUCGUGAAGACGCGGGCAAGCCCGAAGCUCUUGCCAAAGUGAAGAAGAUAUUCGUGGGAGGCCUCAAGGAAGACAUCGAAGAAAACGACCUGAAAGAGUAUUUUUCUAAGUUUGGUGCAAUCGAGAAAGCUGAAGUCAUCACCGAUAAAGAUACCGGCAAGAAGCGCGGCUUCGGCUUUGUUCACUUUGAGGACAACGACGCCGCGGAUAAGGCGGUCGUGCUCAAGUUUCAUACGAUAAAUGGACACAAAGUCGAGGUGAAGAAAGCGCUCACACGACAAGAGAUCCAAGCUGCCGGUGGACCCCGGGGAGGCAGAGGAAGAGGGGGUAGAGGAAUGGGCAGAAAUCAAAAUGGCUUCGGCGGUGGAAGAGGCGGUUACAAUAGCUAUGGGGGAGGCUACGGGGGAGGAUAUGGCGGCAGCGAAGGUGGCUACGGCGGCGGCUAUGGUGGUGGCUACGGCGGCGGCUAUGGUGGUGGCUAUGGAGGAGGAUACGGAGAUCAGAUGGGGGGAUACGGUGGUGGUAAUGGCUACAGUGACUUUGGCAGUGGAUACGGUCAACAGUCGUCUGGUUACGGUCCCAUGAAGGGCGGAAACACGUAUGCUGGUCGGAGCGGUGCUCCUUAUCCCCGCGGUGGAGCAGCUGGAUAUGGUAGGGGUGGCUAUGGGGGCGCAUAUUAAACCACGAGUAGGAGAGACUCGGGAGACUGUCCGUAUAUUUCGUCGAAGUCACAUUGGGCAGAAUCCAUCAUUCAUCCGGUCUCUGCUAAACACCUUUCAGAAAUGGCGGACACUGUGAAUCUUUACCUUAAAGACCUCAAUUCCUAACAGGUAGGAAGAUUCCUUCCAAGAAACCUGACUUGUUCGACCACCUUUUGUUGUAGGACAGCAUCGAUUUCAUUUAUGUUCCAAGUUAAAGGUGUAUAUAUAUAUAUAUAUCUCUUUUGGCUUGACUUUUCCCCCUUUUUGUUUUUAGAUUCGGAUAUUUCGUGCAAGUCUUGUUAAUGUGUUUGCAGUCCAUUGGGUUUUAGACUUGGUCAACAAAAGCGAAUUGUCUCAGCUAAAGGCUAAUUGGUUUUCUGCCAGAACUGCUGGGUGGUGAGAUUAAAGUAUAUUUGGUGCUGUUCACAUCACUUUGCGCUCAAUCGUUCGUCUCUGUAAAACCCAUUUAUAUUCUUUCCGGUGUGGCAGAAUAGAUUAUAAUAUCUACGUUUAAUUGAUGCCUUUUUACUUUGUGAAAUAACGCGGGGAAGUCUUUCAUUUUACACUCUACUCCUGUAGUUCAGUUAUCCGCUGUAUACAAAUUUACUUCCAGCAUUGUCAUUGUAUUGUAUUCCCUGUUUGCAGAACAUACACAUUGUUAAACACUGAUAUGCAAAUGUAUGUUACUUUUUAAAUAAAAAAUCUACGACAGCUUAAA